UCGCACUUUUCCCUGAGUGGCCACAUGCCCAUGGGGAAGCCUGGCAAGGGUUAUGGCAAGGGCAAGCCAAGUCCUGGCAGAGGCAAGGGAAAGCCUGAUUCGCGCGAGGAGCGAAAGCAUACGGAUGACAGCGCCAUCAAGACGGAAUCGCUGAAGGCAAAACUACUCAAUAAACAGCGGGAAGACGAUGCAUCCAAGCAACCACCAGAUGGACCAGAAUUGGUCGACAAAGCCGGAGAGUUGCGCAAGAAGCUUGAGAUGGCGAGACUCAAGAAGGAGCAGCUACAGCAAGCAUUUGCCGCGAAGGCAGCUUCUGCUGCUUCGCAGGAGCCUCCCAAGUUUGCCACAGCGGGUGCUGCCGAGCGGGGGAGAGCAGCUCUAGGAAAAACGGAUGAGGCACCUCCAGCUGUGCAGCAAGCAGCCACCGCAAAGCCGCAGGCGCCUGGGCUCAUCAGACCUGCAGCUCCCGCUGCGCAAGAGAAAGUGCCAGGCAAACCAGAGGCAGAGGGCCCUGCCACGUCCAGCCCGACAGCUGGCAUUGCCCAGGAGGCAGCCCCUGCUGCCGCUAAGGAGGCAGCCGCGGCAAAGCCGCAGGCGCAAACGCCCCCCAAGCCUGCCCCAGCGGCCCCUGCUGUGCAAGAAAAACUGCCAGGCAAAGCAGAGGCAAAGGGCCCUGCCACGUCCAGCCCGACGGCUGGCAUUGCCCAGGCAGCGCCUGCUGCUGCUAAGGAGGCAGCCGCGGCAAAGCCGCAGGCGCAAACGCCCCCCAAGCCUGCCCCAGCGGCCCCUGCUGUGCAAGAAAAACUGCCAGGCAAACCAGAGGCAGAGGGCCCUGCCACGUCCAGCCCGACGGCUGGCAUUGCCCAGGAGGCAGCGCCUGCUGCUGCUAAGGAGGCAGCCGCGGCAAAGCCGCAGGCGCAAACGCCCCCCAAGCCUGCCCCAGCGGCUCCUGCUGUGCAAGAAAACCUGCCAGGCAAAGCAGAGGCAAAGGGCCCUGCCACGUCCAGCCCGACCGCUGGCAUUGCCCAGGAGGCAGCGCCUGCUGCUGCUAAGGAGGCAGCCGCGGCAAAGCCGCAGGCGCAAACGCCCCCCAAGCCUGCCCCAGCGGCCCCUGCUGUGCAAGAAAAACUGCCAGGCAAGCCAGAGGCAGAGGGCCCUGCUACUUCCAGCCCGACCGCUGGCAUUGCCCAGGAGGCAGCGCCUGCUAAGCAGGCAGCGCCUGCUAAGCAGGCAGCCGCUGUACAGCCGCAGGUGCCAGCGCCCAAGCUGCCCACAGCAGCCCCCGCUGCACCGGGAAAAGCAGCCCCAGGCAAAACCGAGGGGGAGGGCUCUGCGUCUGCCACUGCCAGCCCGACAGCUGGUUUGGCGCAGGCACCUCCGGGCGUUGUGAAGCAAGCAGCCGUCGCAAGGCCGCAGGUGCCAGCGCCCAAGCUGCCCACAGCAGCUCCCACUGCACCGGGAAAAGCAGCCCCAGGCAAAACCGAGGGGGAGGGCUCUGCGUCUGCCACUGCCAGCCCGACAGCUGGUUUGGCGCAGGCACCUUCGGGCGUUGUGAAGCAAGCAGCCGUCGCAAAGCCGCAGGUGCCAGCGCCCAAGCUGCCCACAGCAGCUCCCGCUGCACCGGGAAAAGCAGCCCCAGGCAAAAGCGAGGGGGAGGGCUCUGUGUCUGCCACUGCCAGCCCGACAGCUGGUUUGGCGCAGGCACCUUCGGGCGUUGUGAAGCAAGCAGCCGUCGCAAAGCCGCAGGUGCCAGCGCCCAAGCUGCCCACAGCAGCUCCCGCUGCACCGGGAAAAGCAGCCCCAGGCAAAAGCGAGGGGGAGGGCUCUGUGUCUGCCACUGCCAGCCCGACAGCUGGUUUGGCGCAGGCACCUUCGGGCGUUGUGAAGCAAGCAGCCGUCGCAAAGCCGCAGGUGCCAGCGCCCAAGCUGCCCACAGCAGCUCCCGCUGCACCGGGAAAAGCAGCCCCAGGCAAAACCGAGGGGGAGGGCGCUAUCACUUUAUCCAGUCCGAUGGCCGGCUUGACAGAGGAGGAGAAGAAGGCGUUGCGCAGCCAGAAGUUUUCUUCAGGAGGCGUUCCGAAAGCGGCUGAUGCCAAAGCAGCGCAGAGGCCAAUUGCAGCAGAAGCAGCGAAAGGAGUUGGACAAGCACCCGACAAGAAGAGGAAAGCCAUGAUGGCUGAGUUGCUGGAAAAGCAGGCGCAGCGGGCCCCGCCGCGGAAGCGGCCCGCGCCGCUGGCGUCCGGCGCAAAGGCGCUGCAGGAGAUGAAAGACGAGCUAGAGUUCCAGCAGAAGUGGUUCAACCUCAACCGGAAAAGAUGGCAAGCUUUCCAACCAGAGGAAGUGAGGAAAAGGUUCUGCGGCAUGGAAACCUUCAGUGUGGAGAAAGCUCAGAAGCUGGAAGAGUUCCUCAGAGGUUUGGGCCUCAGCGCCUCCCGGGAAAAUUGACGAACGGCCAUAAAA